UAUUACAGGGUUGACCUCACUCAAGUUCCUCCACAGAACACAUAAUUUGUACACACCAAAAUUGUGGGGAAAAUUUGACUCAAAAAAUGCUCUCAAAAUUUGUGAAGCACAUUUUACAAGCACAACAAAAACAACCUCCACCUCGCCGAGAGGAUAAAAUUCCUCCCCCGACGUUCUCCACAAUUCGAGCAGAAGCAGAGGGCGGAUAUGCAUCGCAAUUGGAAUACUUGCAAAACAACGUAGUCACGCCGUUCCUUAAUCGCGCAGUGUACGAAAAUGCGGGUCAAGCCGGGGAGAAAGUCCCGCCAGGAGUGAUUCUCUAUGGAACGAAUAUAAGCGGAAUUGCCGCCGUCGCGACCGAGUUGUCACUUCAAAGUGGCGGGAAUUAUGUCCAUUUUGUCGAUGGGGACGAAACUGCGGAAAAUAUUGCAGAAUUUUACAGCCCAUACGAAAUAGGAGGAAGGAUAGUGGAAAAUGCGUUCACAGAAGCGAAGAAAUUUCACACCGCUGUAAUUUUCUUGCCAGAUUUGGACAACUUUUAUGGCGGGUACACCCCCACUGCCCUCCUGACCCAAAAGAUGGACGAAACUCGGCACAAUACUCUCCUCAUCGGGGGCACGAAGGACAAAACCAGGGCGGAAAAAUUUUCCUGGCGAAUCAACAAAUUGCUAAAAUACGUCUACAUUCCGACCUUCUUAACCCCCCAAGAGCGUCGAGAGGUCCUGCUCGGGGCCACCUCGAAAUGGGGCAACGUCCUGGACGAGGACGUUUUCCGCUUCGUGGUGGACGGGACGUCGCCUCCGUUGGGAGAAAAGCGCGGAGUUGAUGAGGAUUUGCAGAAUUUGGCUAAAUUCGCGUACCGGCGGGCGGUUGAAAGGUUGCAGGAAAAGGGGGGAACUACUUUAGCGGUUAUUGAUAGGUCACAAGUUCACGUGACUUUGGCAGAUUGGAAACAUUCCUUGAAAAAUGUAGACCUUCUGGACGAUGCUGCUCCGCAAGGAGGAUUUUUUCAAUCCAUUCUUGACGCAAGAAUGCAAAUGGGUUUAAGUUUUGAGACGAUGAAAGUCAUAAAAUGUGCAGAAAAGGAGUUCGAAAUUGGGCGAAAGCAAGUGCAAGAGUUGCACGGAAUGAUUUUGCGGGCAGUGAAGGAAGAAGGGAAAAUUUGUCCUGAGCUGGAUUUGAAAUCUGCAACAAGUCUGGAGCAGGUUGUGGAUGGAAUUAAAUUGUUUUGCACAAAGAGAAAUGUCAACUUGUUGGAGGUGAGGGAUGAGUGGUGCGAGGAGGAGGAGGAAAGUGUCGAGAUUACGGUUAAAAUUCGGCUCCCAAUGAAGAAUGUUAACGAGAAGGUGUAAAACUUUUAUGAACAACCGGUAUUUCUUUUCGUGCACAGGAAAUGCGGGGGAAAAACGCAUAAAAUUAAUAAAAUUCGCUUCUGGCAUAGGAUGUCAUAUUUUCAAAAAAUUUCAUAAUGGGGUUUAGAUUAUUUGAAAUCUUGUUUAUUUGCAACCUUUAUAACACUAUUUUUUUUAGAUUAAAAUUUUUAGAUAUGGACAUAUUUUAGGAAAAAAAUUUUGGGACUAAGAUGAUGAUGAUAAUAUGUACCAUCAAAUAGCACAACAACUUCCUAACUAACCAAUUAUUUAAAAAAUUGCAAUAUUUCCAUAUUAUUUGCCAUUAAAUGAUUUUUGUGCAUUUUCAUCUCGGGAUUUUUGGUGCAUGUUAUUAAACGUUUAGAAACAUUUUCGUGCUCUAAUGUCCUGCAGGUGUAAUUUAACAGGAGAAGCACUGAGCAAUAUGCAACUACAUAAUUAGUAAAAGUUCUUUAUUUACUUUGAAUUUUAUAAAUAUCGCAUUGUAAUUGAAAUAUAAACACAACUCAAUAUUACUGCCUGCAUAAAUCUGAGGGAAGAAAAAAUACUGUAGUGCACAAACAAACGGAUUAAAGUUUUAGUAAUCUGAAAACA